UACCACAGUCUUCAGCGGUGUGCAGAGGAACAGAGAUGGGCUAUUUUCCGGAUUUUUCCAUCGAGACUUGGACUUUAAUAGUAUUUCUCAUCACUCUCAUCGCAGCAUAUGGAUAUGCUCCAUAUGGCUUUUUUAAGAAAAUAGGCAUCGAUGGACCCACACCUUUGCCCUUUAUUGGGACAUUUUUGGAAUAUAGAAGGGGCGUCCACAAUUUUGACACAGAAUGCUAUCAGAAAUAUGGAAAGUUGUGGGGGCUGUACGAUGGCAGGGAGCCUUUACUGGCCGUAAUGGACACAGAUAUGAUCAAAACAAUCUUGGUUAAGGAGUGUUACUCUGUCUUCACCAACAGACGGGAUUUUGGCCUGAAUGGACCCUUACGUGAUGCUGUAUCAGAAGUAAAAGAUGAGGAAUGGAAGAGGAUUCGUGGUGUGCUGUCUCCAUCAUUCACCAGCGGACGCCUGAAAGAGAUGUACUCGAUAAUGUUGCGCCACUCAAGUAAUCUGAUCAAGAGUCUUCACAAGAAAGUGAAAGCGGACGAAGUCAUAGCGGUUAAAGAAUCAUUUGGACCUUACAGUAUGGAUGUUGUGACCAGCACCGCCUUCAGUGUGGACAUUGAUUCCAUCAACCAUCCCUCUGAUCCUUUUGUAGCAAACAUUAAGAAAAUGGUCACGUUCAACUUCAUGAAUCCCUUGCUUGUGGUUGCGGUUCUGUUUCCAUUCUUGAAGGGGAUUUUUGAGAAGAUGGACUUGUCAUUCUUCCCUGGCGAUGUGCUAAAAUUCUUUUACAGAUUUUUGGAAACAAUCAAAUCAGACCGGAAUAAGGAUGACCACAAGAGCCGAGUGGACCUCAUGCAGCUUAUGGUGGAUGCUCAGGUGUCAGAGAACAAUGAAGAUGAUACAAAAACCCAAAAAGGACUGACUGAUCAUGAGAUCCUGUCUCAGGCUAUGAUAUUCAUCUUUGCUGGCUAUGAAACCAGUAGCAGCACACUGGGAUUUGUUGCCUACAAUCUGGCAACCCACCCUGACAUCCAAAAGACAUUGCAAGAGGAGAUUGAUAAAACCUUCCCGGAAAAGCGUCAACCAACAUAUGAAGCCCUGAUGCAGAUGGAAUACCUGGACAUGGUGAUAAAUGAGUCCAUGAGGCUGUACCCUAUCGCUAAUCGAUUAGAGAGGGUGUCAAAGUCUUCUGUGGAAAUUAACGGUGUAACCAUCCCUAAAGGAACUGUCAUCACUGUACCAGUUUACACUCUCCACCAUGACCCUGCUUUGUGGUCUGAGCCCGAGGCCUUCAAACCUGAGAGGUUCAGCAAAGAGAAUAAAGACAACAUAGAUCCUUAUGCCUUCCUACCCUUUGGAGCAGGGCCAAGGAACUGUAUUGGCAUGCGAUUUGCUAUGUUGACGAUGAAGCUGGCCAUGGCGGAGAUCCUCCAGAACUUCAGCUUUGUCACGUGCAAGGAGACUGAAAUUCCAAUUGUGCUUGGAAAUGAUGGAUUUACAACACCCAAGAAUCCCAUCAAACUGAAGCUGGAGCCCAGAACAGCCAAUCCUUCUUCAAGCUAACUCUCAUUGUCUGAACCAACUACUUUUUUAAAAACUGCACAGCAUAGCAGUUACAUUUAUUAAUACUUUAAGGACACCAUCUAAUCUAAUCUAGCUAAUCUUUUUGACAUCUUGAUGAAAUAUUACCAAUAUGACACCAUUGCUUUUCUAAAGUAUGCCCUGCAUACACACAAUUGAAUAACAUUGCAAUGGAUAAUCACUUUGUGCACACAUGUCAACUGUUGCUACUUUUUAUAGGUUUAAGUCCUUUUAUAACACGAUAAAAUUCUACGCAACUGUAUGGAUCACUUAAAAAAAUACUCUCAUAUUACAUUGCAAGGGCUCAUUGUAGAGAGUUUAAAUAUGCUCAG